AUGAGCCUUUGCCACGGAAGUGCCCUGGAGGAAAUCUCGGGCGAUGUGGUAGAGCUAGCGGUCAUCGACGUCAUGGGGCUGGAUAGUCAGACUUUGAAUCACCUUUGGGAGUGCAGCGAAGUCCACAAGUUCAAUCGUGUGGAGGUGUGCCUGCACCUGCUGCAGACGCUGAUCACCAAGGCCUUGGAUGAUGGUAUCUUGAAGAUCCCACCGCCAAUUCUGUCUCGUGUCUAUCAGACCAUCUCACGAGGCUUCGUGAAUCUCCUGAACACGAAGAAGAUCACCGACACCAAGUUUCCGUAUCCCUUUGCGCAGAUCAUCGCAGUCUUCUUGCUCGUUCACAUACUCCUCACGCCAGCAUUGAUUUCUGCUUCAGUCCCACACAGAUUCCUAGCGCCAGUGUUCACAUUUCUAGCUGUCUUCGGAAUGUUCUCCCUGAUGCUUGGCGAGGAUGGAGCAUCGUUUUUUGUUUGCAGCGCUUCAUACCUGAACAUACCACGGAACUCGUAUAGUCAAGCCGAGUAUUAUACAUACAUAUAUAUAUAUAUGUUUGUAACAUAA